AUGGUUCCUAAGAAAGUUAUCGUGAAAUUAAAGAAGUUGAAGUCCAAGUCCAAGUCUUCAGGAGUUGUUAUAAUAGAACCUACUGAUGAGGAGGCACAACAAAACAAUAAGCGUAAAGAUGAUGGAUUAUUCAAACCUUUUAAGAAGUUCAGAGCUCAGACUGUCGAAGAGCUUUCAACUACAAAUAAGGAUGUCACUGUUGAAUCGAAUACCGAUGAGACAAGUAAUCCUUAUGUCACUGUACAAGUAUCUAAUGUCGAUACAAACAUCGAUUCUUGUGAACCAAUCUCUACUUCGCUUCAUGGGAUGACUAAUGUUACUCCGCCUGAAGGUUCUAUUUCCAAGUCCAAUAUGGAAAAGGGUAGAUCUUCGAACAUGAUUGAAAACUUAUCUAAUAAGGACUCAAAUGUUACUAUUGGUGAGGAGACUUCAACAUCUACUUCAUACACUUCAAAUAUUCCACCACCCCACCCUCAUCUCCACUACCAACUUCAACUAUCAUACCAACAACAGUUCUAG